AUGCUGCUCUCUAUAGGAAUGCUCAUGCUGUCGGCUACACAGCUCUACACCAUCUUGACUGUCCAGCUCUUUGCAUUCUUAAACCUACUGCCCGUAGAAGCGGACAUUUUAGCAUAUGAUUUUGAAAAUGUGUCACAGACAUUUGAUGACCUUCCAGCAAGAUUUGGUUACAGUCUUCCAGCUGAAGGUUUAAAGGGUUUUCUGAUUAACUCAAAACCAGAGAAUGCCUGUGAACCCAUAGUGCCUCCACCUCUAAGAGACAAUUCAUCUGGCACUUUCAUCGUGUUAAUUAGAAGACUGGAUUGUAAUUUUGAUGUAAAGGUUUUAAAUGCACAGAGAGCAGGAUACAAAGCAGCGAUAGUUCACAAUGUUGAUUCUGAUGACCUCAUUAGCAUGGGAUCCAACGACACAUCGCUCAUAACUGUAUCUUGGGGCCACAUUGUCUUGGUACCAGAAUUUAGUCUUCCUCUGGAAUACUACCUAAUUCCCUUCCUUAUCAUAGUGGGAAUUUGUCUCAUCUUGAUAGUCAUUUUCAUGAUUACAAAAUUUUUCCAGGACCGACAUAGAGCAAGAAGAAAUAGACUUCGUAAAGAUCAGCUUAAGAAACUUCCUAUACAUAAAUUCAAGAAAGGAGAUGAGUAUGAUGUAUGUGCCAUUUGUUUGGAUGAGUAUGAAGAUGGUGACAAGCUCAGAAUCCUUCCCUGUUCUCAUGCUUACCACUGCAAAUGUGUAGACCCUUGGCUAACUAAAACAAAAAAAACUUGUCCAGUCUGCAAGCAAAAAGUUGUUCCUUCUCAAGGCGAUUCAGAUUCUGAUACAGACAGUAGUCAAGAAGAAAAUGAAGUGUCAGAACAUACCCCUUUACUUAGACAUUUGGCUUCUGUCAGCACUCAGUCAUUUGGGGCUUUGUCAGAAUCCCGCUCACAUCAGAACAUGACAGAGUCGUCAGACUAUGAAGAAGAUGAUAAUGAAGAUACUGACAGUAGUGACGCAGAAAAUGAAAUUAAUGAACAUAAUGUCGUGGUCCAACUGCAGCCUAAUGGUGAACUAGAUUACAACAUAGCAAAUACUGUUUGA